UUUCUCGUUUCCAUACUACUUGGAAUAUAAUGCAUGGGGAGUUGCAGCGAGAGCUCAGAUGUUUUAGAGGGUCGGUGGAAAUAUUCAAGCCUUGGGAUCAGUCCAACUUCACAAGCAGAAGAUAAGAAGCAGCUUCUUCUUGCUGCCUCAGCUGCAGCGAAGGCGGCAGCAGUGGCGGCUUCAAAUCCUUCCUCUUCUCGCUCCUUCACCGAUCUGCCAUGCCCCUUACCGUUGGCUGAAGUCCAGGGGAACCUCAAUUUGGUGAACAAGGAUCAAGCAGCUUCACAUGCAAACAAUACUAAUACUAAUGGUGGAGCAAUUACGGCUCGUACGUCACCAUCAUUGUUAUCCAUAUGGGAAAAUAUGAUGCGCAAGAAAUCUUCACCUAAUUCCAACCCUCCUCUAAAUAACAAUCAAAACGUUCACUCAUCCACGGGUGACAUCGGUCGUAGCCCAAUGUUUCAAGUUGGAAACUACUCAUCAUCAUCAUCAACCAGUGCUGCUCCUCCCCCUACUGCUACUAACUUUCUCAACCUGCCGCCACCGCUGCCACAGGGAGAUUACGGAUCUAGGGGGAACAUCCCCACAUUACCAGCAAAUGCUAGCAACUGCAGCGGCAGCAUCAACAACCGUUAUCAUCCGCUAGUGAGCAACAACAACAGUAACACCGCCACUGCCACAAACAACACCAGUUAUCAUUCGCUAGCAAGCAGUAGCGACAGUCACAACACCACCACCACCAACAACAAAUGUUAUCUUCCGCUAAUAAGCAGCAAUAGUACCAACAACAACGCCAUCUACAACAACACCAACCAAUAUCAUCCACUAGUAAGCAGCAACAGUAACAACAACACAACCAACACCAACCGGUAUUAUCCGCUAGUAAGCAGCAACAGUGACAAUGACAAAAAUAGUUUUCUUUUACCAGUCAGCAACAACAUCGUUGGUGCAAAUCCACUACAAGGUGGUGUUGCUAUUCAACCCUCAUAUGCACCUCCGAACCCUAAUGCUUACCUCACAUCUGCUGCUACUUCUGCUUGCAACAUCCCCACAGCGGGACAAGGACAGGACAAAGUGCUUAGUGUGAACUUCAACAAUGAGAGUAGAAGACAGCUUGAGCCAACUAGUGAAGUAAGUAACCUAGCAUCAUCAUCAUGGGAGGGUAUACUAGCAGUCGCCACUGCCAGCUUAACUGGUCAUGCAGUGGCCCCGGUUCAGCAAAUGGGCCAAGGACAACAAGAACAAGCCUUAACUCAUCACGUGGCGGCCCCAGUUCAAAUUGAACAAGGAAAGCAAGAACAAGCCUUAAGUGGCCAUUUGGCAGCGCCAAUUCAAAUGGGCCAAGGACGACAACAACAACAACAACAACAUGCCAUAACGGGUCAUGUGUCUGCCCCAGUUCAAAGGGGCCAAGGACAACAAGAACAAUCCUUAACUGGUCAUGUGGCAGCGCCAAUUCAAAUGGAACAAGGAAAGCAAGAACAAGCCUUAACUGGUCAUGUGGCCGCGCCAAUUCAAAUGGGCCAAGGACAACAACAACAUGCCUUAACGGGUCAUGUGUCUGCCCCAGUUCAAAGGGGCCGAGGACAACAAGAGCAAUCCUUAACUGGUCAUGUGGCAGCGCCAAUUCAAAUGAGCCAAGGACAACAACCCGCCUUAACUGGUCAUGUGGCGGCCCCAGUUCAAACAGGCCAAGGACAACAAGAACAAGUUCAACAAGUAACAGCAGGGGUGGGCAGAAACAUCUUCCCGGUUGUAGGUCAAGAUGGGCUCUCAGUUGGGCUGCAGGGACAGGUCCAUCUUGAGACGGAUUGGCUGUUGGAUCCCACUUGCAACAUAAACAUUGAAGAGUUCCUUGACUUGCAGUCAAUGAACUAGCCAGACUCUACCCCCAUGCCUUAUGAUCAGUUUGAGUUAGACAUUUAAAUUUAGUGUAGAUUAUUGUGGAGC